AACACACUAUCACCCACCCAAGACAAAUAGCAACAUCAAUCAAAGAAAAAAAAAAGUGGCAUCCAACCAAUCACCCACUUACAUCAUCAUCAACUUCCUUAUCAAUUUUCAUGCUUCAUCCUCAUAUUUCCACCUACUACCACCACAAGCUCCUUAACCACCAAUGCAUUCCAUCAAAGCAAACCCACUUCAUUGUUCCUCAAGUUUCUGAAUUCAUAGAUUCAUCUCACAAAUGUCUUCAACCAACAAGCUCUUUUUCUGUUAGAGUUUCUUAUUCAUGAGACCUUCUAGCAAGUUGCAAAACAAAGUUCCAAUUCAAGGGAUAACGACAGGUUAGAAUGGAAUCAUUCAAUCCAAGUCAUCAAACUACCAGCUUCAGGUACAAUCCAAACUCAAAUAGGAUGAACCAUGGAGAUGAUGAUGAUGCUGAGUUCUCAGGGUUUCUUGAUAUCUAUGUUCAUCAUGCUAAGAACAUUCAUAACAUAUGCAUCUAUGACAAUCAGGAUGUGUAUGCUAAAUUCUCUCUAACUUACAACCCUGAUGAGACUCUUUCCACCAGAAUCAUCAAUGGGGGUGGGAAAAAUCCAGUUUUCAAUGAAAACUUGAGGGUGAAGAUUAACCAGAUGGAUGCUGUUCUAAAAUGUGAGAUUUGGAUGUUUAGCAGGUCAAGAAAUCACUUGGAAGACCAGCUUUUGGGAUUUGCUUUGGUCCCAGUUUCUAAAAUGGUUGGUAAAGGAAAAGUGACUGAAGAUUAUAGCCUUUCCUCCACUGAUCUUUUCCAUUCUCCUGCUGGAACUGUUCAGUUAACUCUGUCUUUGGAUACAUCUUUUCCAAUCAAUUCCACUGUAAAUCCCAUACCACAAUCAUCUACUAACUCAUCCAUAUCCUCAGAAGUUGUGUUGCUUGAUCGAAAAGUCUUGGAACUCGACCCAAUUGAGUAUUCUAGAAUUGAAUUUCCUGAUAUCAGUGUGGUGAAGGAGAAUCAGAAAAUGGUUUCUGAGUACUUCAAUUUAGGAUCUUUCGGAUCGCUACCGUUCCUUUGCCUUGGUGCUUCUCCUCAAGUGGAUUAUGAAAUGACUGUGAAUUCUCCAGAUGAGAAUCAUGAUUCUAUUUCUCCAAAUGAGAGCAUUCGGAAUUCUGGGUUCCCAAGCUCAACUACUACAAGCAUAAGUGAUGAUAUAAACUCAGCUGAUUCAGCUGAGAAAAAGAGUAAUUUAGGGGGUGGCUCAUCAAAUUCUUUCAAUGUGUCAAUCACAGUUGAGGGUAGUAGUCAGAACUCAGGUGCUUGUCCUGAUACCCCAACUUCCAAGAAAGAAAGUGAAGCCAGAGAAAACAAGGAUUCAAAGUUCUCAAGCAAGGGGAAAGAGAUCAAUAGUGAUAGGAAUGUAGUAGAUGCUGCGAAAUUCGGUCAAGUUUUUUCUGCUCCAAUGGGGAACAUCAACAUGGAGGCUGAACAAUCAGCUAUGCAGCAGCAAAUAGUUGACAUGUAUAUGAGAAGCAUGCAGCAAUUUACUGAAUCUUUGGCAAAAAUGAAGCUCCCAAUGGACCUUGACAACAAACCUGAGAGUGAAGAUCGCGGUGAUGUGAUUCAAAAUCAUAACAACAGCAAAUUAGAAAUUGAUAAGAAGAAAAAGGAUGGAUCAAGGGUAUUUUAUGGUAGUCGAGCAUUCUUCUAAUUAUCUCUUGAUGCAGCAGCCACAUGACAAUAGGUUUGUCAAAGCAAAAACAUGAGAGUUUAGUUUCUUAUAACGCCGGUUAUUUAUGACAGAUUUAAGUUAAUCUUGUGUUGUUUAACCUCCCCUUUUGUUGAUGGAAACUAUCUUCUAUUUUAAUGCUAUGAUAUGACUAUGUUUAUGUUUCUGUGUAAUGUGAUCAUGGAAAUGCUUUUGUCCAUUUCCUAAGCCAUUGAAAUCAAGGAGCAUUUUGAGA